GAAGGAGAAAGAAGGUGAAGCAAAAAAAGAAACAAAGUGGUGAAGAAGACGACCGGUGUUUUCGGCGACGUAGAAAGUCGAGGGCCUCCAAGAUGCUCAAACCCUUAGACAGUCGGCAAGAAAAAAUGAAACGGGACAAAGAACGAGAGAUGGGUGCGAUGUCGAUGGAGUCGCUUCCUCUUGGGUUUAGAUUCAGACCCACCGACGAAGAGCUCAUCAACCAUUACCUCUGCCUCAAGAUCAACGGCCGUCACUCGGAUGUCCAAGUCAUCCCUGAGGUGGACGUCUGCAAAUGGGAGCCAUGGGAUUUACCUAGUCUCUCGGUGAUAAAGACGGACGACCCAGAGUGGUUCUUCUUCUGUCCUCGUGACCGCAAGUACCCAAACGGCCAUCGCUCCAACAGAGCCACUGACUCCGGCUACUGGAAAGCCACUGGUAAGGACCGAACCAUCAAGUCCAAGAAGACUCUGAUUGGCAUGAAGAAGACCCUUGUCUUCUACCGCGGCCGAGCUCCCAAGGGCGAGCGCACCAACUGGAUUAUGCACGAAUAUCGUCCCACCCAGAAGGAGCUUGAUGGCUCUGCCCCCGGCCAGAGUCCCUUUGUUCUGUGUCGACUUUUUCAUAAGCCGGAGGAUAGGGUUAAUGGUGUAAAGUCCGAUGAAACUGAACGCAUUGGAUCAACUCCUAGUACUAGCAAGUCCUUGCCUGAUGAAGCCUCCUCAGAUCUUGUCCAAGAAACUGCUACCUCUGAUUUUGCAAUCGAGAAGCCAUUAAAUGAUUCCAAAUGGUUCUCUGGAAAGUGUGAUGAAGCCAACGCUGAUAGUAUGCUAACUGACGGGAGAUAUGACUAUGGUCACAUGAACUCCGAGGAUACCGAAGAUUAUAUGGCACAUGAGACUCUGGUUGAGGCCUAUGCUCUGCAUGGACAGAAUCCGAGCCUGAGUUGGCUCACCUGUGAGCCUGUUGAUCAAACAGUGCCAUUGCAUAUGGAUUCUCCUUAUGCUUGUGAUUUCGGGGAUGAUAUCGUCGGGUCUCAGUUUCAAAAUGGCACUAGCGAAUUGGAUGUAUCCUUAACAGAAUUGUUGGAUGAGGUAUUCAACAACCCAGAUGAGUCAUCUUGUGAGGAGUCAGCCAGUCAGAAAAACUCAGUUGAACUAAGCGGAAUCUCGCCAACCAGAAGUGUGUUGCCACUGCAGUCUGUAGCGCCAGAUAAUGCUUUCCUUGAUGACAUUGGUACCUUUAGUGAUUCAGAUGCUGAGAUGGUGCAUCUGCAGUAUGAUACAGAUUUUGGAGCUUCAGGGUGGUACCCUGAGAGGAAGGAAUCAUUGCAGAUGAAAAAUUCAUUUGGGUCAGUAUAUGAUCAAGUUGUUCAAGAUGACGCUUUCUCUGGUUACCCAGCCAGGCCAUCACAUUAUAACCAUUUCCUUCAUCCUGAGGUGAUGAGCAACCAAAUGAUCCCUGAAAGUAACUUCAGUGACGGGACUGGGAUCAAGAUUCGGGCCCGACAGCCUCAGAACCGACCAAAUGCAGGAUUUGUAAACCAGGGCACUGCUCCAAGGAGAAUCCGUCUGCAGAUGCAGCCUAACGGUGUCCCACCUGUUGAAACGAAGCCAGGUGAAGUUAAAGAGGGAGUGGAGACUCUUGAUCAGAAUGGUGUGCCUGAGGUGCAGGACAAAUAUUCUGGUGGAUCUGUCUCGAAACCAACAUGCAUGUUACCCUGUGGCUCGUACCGUGAGCAUUAUUUGCAGGCGGGAGAAGAUGAAAUUAAACAGUCAGCCACUGAUGAAUAUGUUGGUAAACCUCAAAUCAAGAUCAGAUCCCAAAGAAGUCGAGACCGAGUGAAACCAGACACUGUCCGGGAGCAGGAGGCAUCAGAUGAAACCGCAGGGCAAACAUGGUGUGGCUCAGAAGAGACUGAGGUGGUGAAGAGAAGAGAGCGUGGAGUGUGGGCUGCAGUGGCUGCGGCUGUAGCUGCGGCAGCGGUGGUGGUGGGAGUGAUGGGGUGGUGGAUGAGCCUGGGCUCAUGACAGGAGGCUUUGUGUCAUUGAGAUGUUGUGUAUUAUAUAAUACAUGUCAAAGUAGAGAGAAAUGUGUAACCUAUCUUGUGUAGGAAAAAGUGUUAUGUAUAGUAGGGGGAACCCGUAAAGAGAUCAUGUUGCCUUAUAACACGUUAUAUAUAAAGAAUGCCCAUCAUCUGGAUUUUGCUUGA